AUGGACAACUUGGACGCCACCGAACGAGAUCCCUUCUCCAACUAUAUUGAAUCCCUUGUAAGUCGGCCUGCCUGCUCUACCCAACACGCCGGUGUUGGUGCCACUUUCAGUAAAGGACUGGGGACAACGCAGAACCCGCGCAAGCAAAACCAUUCCUGCGAUCUGUGUCGGACCGCGAAACGAGCCUGCAGCCUGCGGCAGAAUAUCCCUGUUAACGGGCAGAAGCCGACAACUCCCUGGAAAACAUGCGAUAUGCGCGGGUUAGAAUGCACAGUGACGUGGCUGGCCAAUAGAAAGUCUCAACAAGAGACCCGAAAGCAGUGCAGGACAACAUGUUAUGUCCAAGGCACUGGUACAGUGGCAGAACCUCAUGUCGCCCCUUUCCCAGAAGAACGGGCAGAGACGCUAUUGGUUGAACUUGGCGCAGUCAUAUUAUUAAGAGAGGACGAACUCGCCCGUCAGCUGGCUGGGCGUGACACGCUUUCACAACGAUUCAACUGA